GUACACAUCAUAUCAUUAUUGGAGGCGUCACCACUUUGUCAGAGUCAUGUGAGAGAAAUCGUUUAAAAACCUUUUUAUGAUGUCUAUGCUGCCAAGCUCAACGUCAAGAAGAUCGGAACUGUAUAUUCUGUAUUUUUAAUUUUGACUGCGAUAUGUUUGGACUCCUAAUUCUGCAAAAUGUGGUGUUAUUAGCCGAAAACAUGGUCCCCGCUUCGUCAGCGUAAUUGAAGAAAAACAAUCGUCCGUUCAGUUCAGCUCAGCUGGAGAGAGCGGACGAUCUCCGGAUUUUCCCCCGAGUCUGGAGCGAGGAGGGGUAUAGGCCUACCGUUACGGCGUUUGGUGUAGACGGUACGCCGGCACAUGACAUUUCUGCAGACUUCAAGUUUCAACUGAGACUUCUUUCCUUUGAUAAUUUAUUGUCAACUACCAGUACCAGCGAUACUAAAACAAAAAUGGGAAAUUGCCUGAAAUCAUGCUUUGGGAGAGUAAAAUCAAAGAAGACAGAUUAUUUUUCAGGACGGUUCAACAAUUCAUCAAUCGACAUUGAGUUUGAAAACCUUAUCGAGGAUGAUGAUGAACAGAGGAACCAUGAUGUUCUCACAGACGAUGAGAGAAACCUCCUUCUGAAUAGACGCUAUACUGAUCUUGUUCAAGAACAACAGAAAAUUGAUGCCAAACUUGACAAAGAGUUGGCAUUAGAAGAAGAGAAUGCGCGGUUAGAAGAAGAGGCUUACAAUGCAGCCAAGCAGGAAGCUUCCCGGGCCACCAAGAGGGCAAGGUUACUUGAGAUGGAGAAACAAAGAACGAAGUCACAGCAGAGCAAUGGAUCAACCAAGGCGUGGCUCGGAGAUGAUGCGGGAGAUUGGGAGAUAGCAACUGAGGAUGAUUUUGAAGCAUUCCUAGACACAGUAAAAGCAAAGUCUGAAACUGUGAGAGCAAGUGUGGCCUCCAUGUUGAACAACUCCACAACAACAACAACUACCACCACCACCACUACCACUAAUCAAGCCGUUGCCAAGCAACUGAGUACCAACACUACUACCCCCAUGAUCCACCAAUCCCCUACCUCUAUCAAGCCAACAUCUUCAGAUACCCCAAGCAAAAUGUCACAAAACCCAUCAGUGAUGAGCUCUAGUCCCAGUCCAGCGGGAGCCUUGACUAGUGCUGUCCCACCAGAUACGCAAUCUGGCCAGUUUAAUAGCCUGAGGACCCAGGGGGGUAAGCUAGGGUCGUCCAACGAUGAAGGAGUCAAGGGGCAAGUUGGUGGAUCAGGGCAGGUUGACCAACACCAGGCUUCUAAUAACCCUGAUGUGAUCAGUGAGGCUAGUCAAAGGGCUAAUCCUCAGGGAGCGGGGAAGUCUACUUCCCAGGGAGCGGGGCAGAAUGGUUUGACAGAGGGAGAUGGACAAGAAGGAAAGAUGUCAUAUUACAUCAAACCAGGGUCCAAGUCAUCAAAUCACCAUGACGAUGAUGACUCUGACGUGGAGUGGGAGGCCGACUUUGUAUCCGCCGAUUCCCCCUCCGAGCCGAUCACAAUCACACCGCAGUCAUCCCCAGCCAAGCUACCUACAACACAGUCAAUAGGCUCAUCCAACUCAACCACCAUUCCAUCUCGGCAUCAACCAGUCAAAACGGGUCUUCCAUCCAGCUCUAGGCCUAAUGGCUCUGCCUUAGCCAAUGGACAGCUACCUUACAAACAUGAGGUAGAUAAGGAGAUUGAGACCAGUUUGACAGAAGGCAAGGUGAAACCAAAAGGAGGAACGAAUCCUGUGAAGCCCAAGAAGACAUUAGACAUUGAUAUUGACAAGUUCCUUGAAGAACUGGACUUCGAUACAUGAUUGGAAUGAAUCAGAAUGUGUUUUAUUCGUUGCAAUACAACCUAUUAGAUAGACAAGUUCUAUUUCUAGUUGGUGUGUAGAAGAACCAGUUAGCUGAUGAAUUCAAUGGCAUGGAUGAGAUAUCAAAGCAAUGCUAACACUGCAUCCUUUGACAAGGCAUCAAUCCACUUUUUACCACCCCUCUCCCUGGUGUUAAAUGGGUACCUGGUAGGAAGUUAUAGCCAAUGUAGUAUGCCUAGCAAUUGAGUUUGGAACUCUCAUUGGAAUCCAGUUAAAACCAAUUAGAGCAAAACCAAUUGAAACCAGUUGGCCAACUGGUUUCAAUAGGGAAAUUGGAACAACUGGUUCCAAUUGAAACCAGUUGCCAAUUGGUUCCAGUUAAAACCAAUUGGGCAACUGGAACCAGUUGCCAAUUGGUUUCAAUCGGUUCCAGUUGAAACCAAUUAGGCAACUGCAUCUCGGUUGGUUCAAGUUGUUCCAAUUUCCCUAUUAAAACCAGUUGACUCCAAUUGGAGGCAGCUGGUUUCAAUUGGUUCCAGUUGAAACCAAUUGGAGGCAACUGGUUCCAGUUGAAAGCAAUUGGUUUCAAUUGGAACUUCCAGUUGGGAUGAACUUAAUUAGUUACAAAUUAAUUAGCAUUUGUACUAACUAUUGCUCAUGCCAACACAGAAGUAUGUCUAGUAAUACCAAUGUAAAGGGCAUUGAUAAAAUAUAGACUCUCAUACAUAUAUAUUUAUAUGGAGGACCUUCGAAUAUAUGUAUUUGUAUUUGAUGUCAUUUGGUAACAUAUGCAGUUAGUGGUGAACUAAUUAUUUUUUAAUCUAUUAUAAUUAUAAUCUAUAAUAUUUAAGAACAUGGUUUUCACUGCUAAGUAUUCUAAACAUUUAUCUUUAAAAAGUGUGGCACUUCAGAAUGAAAAGAAAUGAAUAGAUACAUUGUAAAUGAUGAUGAAUCACAUAAAACAUUAAUCUGUACACAUUGGCAGAUAAUAUGCAAAUCAACUGGUUUCAAUUGGAUCCAGUUGGGUAACUGGAAAAAUUUCCAAUUGGAAACCAAUUGGAAGUCAUUUCCAGUUACCCAACUGGAUCCAGUUAGGUUAAGUUAUAGGUUAGGGUAGGAUUUCCAGUUACCCAACUGGUUCCAAUUAUUAGAAGUCAUUUCCAGUUACCCAACUUUCCAGUUAGAAGUAAUUUCCAUUUACCCAACCGGUUCCAGUUAGGAUUUCCAGUUACCCAACUGGUUCCAGUUAGAAGUCAUUUCCAGUUGGAAGAAAUUUCCAGUUACCCAACUGGAUCCAGUUAGGAUUUCCAGUUACCCAACUGGUUCCAGUUAGAAGUCAUUUCCAGUUGGAAGACAUUUCCAGUAACUCAACUGGUCCCAGUUAGGAUUUCCAGUUGCCCAACUGGUUCCAAUUAGUUUCAAUCGGAAAUUGUUAUAUUCCAGUUAAAACCAAUUGAAACCAGUUGAAACCAAUUGAAAAUCCAACUGGUUUCAAUUGGAUUUUGGUCCUGGGUUUGCUGGAGAAAGUGCAUACAUUGUGUGCGGGCAAGCCAGGGUUAUAUGUAUACACCUUAAAAGUGCUUAGAGAUGUCGUUUGGUGUAUGAAUUGCUACAUAAAGCGGAAUAUCAUCACUAUUAGAUACAUGAUUUCAUGCUAUUCAAGUGGGCGGAAGGAUGGCACAAUUGAUCACCCCCCCCCCCUCCCCAAGCAAUAGGUUCGCUGCUCGAAUCUGCACCAGUGAACUCAUAGGCCAAUUCACAAAGUUUGCAUUGAAUCCGUAGUUUGAAACUGUUUUAUGCAGAUGUCAUCCAUUAAUUUUAAUAAAUUCAGUAUUCUUUGUCAAUAUACACACAUAUUUACCAAGAGCAUCCCAUGCAUAAUGCAUGCUUAUGCCUCAGAUCCGAGUGCUUAAUUGAUGCUUGUUACUAAAUCUUUGUGAAACACCCCCCUGUAUAAGGAGCCACUGUUUAAAUUGAUUGGUCCAAACAGUGCUGUAAGCAGCACUGUGAUAAAAGUAUGCAUUCAUCAUUGUAGCAUUCUCUCAUUAUAUGCCCUGAAUUCAGCAUAAUUUAUAAAUGAAACAGCAUAACCCGUGUUUCCAACCACAGAUCCGAAACCACCCUUUUAAUUCAGGCCCAUGAGUUCAUUGAUGGUUACAUGUAUAUGAUGGUUCACCUCAAUAAUUUAAUGUUAAGAGUCUAUGGAAUUGGGAUCAUUUUCAUUAAGAAUAUAUCGUCACCUGGCUAGCGGGAGGGUGUGUUAAAGGGGAAGUUCACCCUGACAAAAAGUUAAUUGUAAAAAAUAGCAGAAAAAAUUAUUUAAAAUAUUGCCGAAGGAUUGAGAAAAAUUCAUCAAAGAAUCAAAAAGUUAUUAAAAUUUUGAUUAUUUGAUUUGUGACGUCAUAUGCGAGCAGCUUUCCUACAUAUAUGGUAAAAAAUCAAUGAAAUGUCAUUUUCUCAGAAAAUUGAAAAUGGUUUUUACUGUACCUUCAGUUUUUCAAUAGACAAAUCAUUUCACACCCGUUCCU